CCCUUGCAAAAUCAUUCAAAAAUAUUUUUGUUUCUUAAUUUAUUUAGUAUGAAAAUUGAGUGCAAUUAAAAAUAGCAAAAAAUGUCCGAAAAUUGAAUUUUAUAAAUUAGAUCAACAUUUAUUCAAAGCGUUUAUUUGUGUUUUUGCCCCAAUACCCCUUCAAUAUUUUCUCCUCGCUUGAUCAAGGAAUUGAGAAUGUAUGAGUUGAAAAACAUUCAACAGAGAGAACGUCGAAUAUUCAAUGGAAUACUCACAUUUGCUCCUCAGUGGUCAAUCAAUUCAGUACACUUAGUGAUCAGUGGAUGGAUUUAAAAAUUAAAUUUAUUUUUUGGGAGAUACUUGAAGAUCCGUGCUUAAAAGUUAUUUUUUCCAAAAAUCCAGCAGAUUUUAAAAAAUUAGAAACAUUAUUUUAAAAAAAAGACAACCGGUGAAAAAAAAAAGAAUAUCGAAUUUUGACAAUAUAAAAUAUUUCUGACGAAAUAUUCACUAACAAGCAAUGAUGAGUAGAUUAUUCAAGAACAGAAAACUCGUCAGAAACCCAAAGUUCUGUCGAUUCUGCGCUAACCAUAACAUCGAUGUUCUUGAAAAAGGACACCGCAGCAAUUGUCAAUUAAGAUUUUGCAAAUGUCAGGAAUGCAGCAAGAAUGCCAAAAAAGUUCAGACUUCAAAAGACCAUCGCAAGAAGAAGAAUGCACCUCAAACUAAUCAACCAGCUCACUCAUCUCAGGACACACGCACUGAAUCAAAUUCAGUUCGAAUCACAGCUAAUGAAACAUCAAUGACACUUAAAACCUUCAUCGAGAGCAACUUGGAUGAUUAUUUCAAAGAUUUGACAAGAGAUGCAGUAAACAAUGACGAUGAACCAGCAAUUGCAUCUUCAUACAUUGAAAGCCUUCCAGUGAUCUGUGUUGAUGAAAAUAUGAACGAAAUAAAUAAUUUCAGUUCUACUGACACGCCCUCAUCUCAGCUCGAAAUUACAGUUAUUGAAGCAUCUCGUGGUAUGAAUAUUUUAAAUAUUAGAAAUCAUCAAAUUCUUAAUGAAUAUAUUUUUAGAUUCCAUUGUUGAAUCCUUAGUUAAUGACUAUGGUUUUGAUAUUCAUUUACUAUACCAUGCAUUACUUGAUGCCUGCAAUGGCGAUUAUGCUGAAACUGUGCGCAUAAUUGUCGAAGCCAAAAAGAAGUACCAAAAAUGAGAAUUUGAAUUCAUAAUUUCAAUGCUGUGCCAUAAAAAACACUUAAUGUUAAAUUUUCCUUUGUCUCAUGAUUGAAAUAUCACAUCCAAUUUAAUAAGUUUUUUUUUUAUCUAAAUGAUGACUGAAUCCUGUUCUAAAUUCUCAAUUCUCACCAGAGAUCGAAGCUGCCGACUUUUAAGGCGAUUUGUAAACUUCGGCUUUACCGAUCAUUUUCUAAUGAUUCAAAUAGUAUAAACUUUAUGAUAUUUGAAUCAUUAGAAAAUGUUCGGUAAAGCCGAAGUUUACAAAACGGCUUAUGUAAGCCACCGAUCUAAGCAAUUUCGAUAUCUGAUUCUCACUUAAUAUUUUAAAAUUUUUUAGACGAGUGUUUUUUUUCCGAAAAGCAAAAUAACGAAAAACCAUUUUUACGAAUUUUCAAUUUUACGAAUGUACAUUUUUACAAAAACUUUUAUAGUAAAAACUUAUAGGAUACAAUUUGAUUAUCAAAAAACCAUUGGAUAAAAUCAAAUAUUAAGCCAAUCAAAACUAAUUUCAUCAUUUAAAUGCGAUUAGACAUGAUUCAAUAAUUAAUAAAAGAUAAAGGAUUAAUAGAAC